UGACUAUGUGUGAGUUCAAUGACAUAGCCAUUACACCAUCUGCUGGUCCCCCUGUCUUGUUCUAAGCCACACUUCCACAGCCCCUGGCUGUACCUGACCCAUACCUGCUGGCAGGCUGAAGACCUGGGCUGGGAUCCUGGGCCUGCCUUGGCCCCGGCGCCCACGCCUGCACCUCACCUGGAAAGUGGACCGCAGGGCCUCUGAGGGUGUCGUGACAAGGUGUGGGAUGGCUCAGUGGGUGGUAGAAAGCCCCCUGCCUUGUCGCUCACUGGCAGCGCCAGGCCCGGCUGCCAGCUUGGCUCCUCGGGCUCCAGCCUGACACCCUCGCCUGGCAGUGUUGUAUUCACAGCUCUGCCCUGCACUCCAGACAUGGACGCCUCCUCCUGGGCCAGGCCUCGUCCACUCACAGGGCGUUGGCCAGAUUCCCCUGCCUCCACCUUGUACCCUCUCUUCUCCUGAGCCCCAUGCUGAUGACCCUGGGUGGCGUGUCAGAUUAUGGUGGUCACGCUCAGAGGGUUCAGACCCCAACUCUGCCACUUGUGAGCAGAGACCUGAGACUGGUGACUGAAACCCUUUGGGACUGUGUUCCUUGGUCUGGACAAUGGGGGGCAGAAGGUGAACUACUCUGGGGAGGGACAGAGGACGCUGGUGCUGAUACUCCUGGGGGCUGACCACCUGGCCACCAGCCCCCAGGGCCAGGGGAUGCAGGGUGUAUGGCAGGAAAGCUGCUUGGGAAUGUGGCCUGGGUGUGUCCUGGUCCACUUCCUGAUGGGUUGGACAGUCCAGGGCCCUCUGGGCCCUGCAGGGAGUUGGUGUCCCCUGUCCCCAGCUCACGAUGGUCACAUGGACAUCUCCUGCUCCCACGGUGCAGCAGGCUCUCCGUUGGGGCUCCACUCUGGGUGCCUGCCAAAACAAUGACAAUUCAAGCAAGGGAAAUUGAUUUUUAUUUGUUUUUAAACACAAAGGAGAAAUCUUUGCUCAGCCUAAUUAGAUGUCAUUUAAAGAUAACAGAACUGUACGUUCUAUUUCCGUACCCCAGCACUCCCAGGCGGGCACAGAGGGGCAGGGCUGCUGCUCACUCCUGGAACUGCCUGCCCCGUGGCCUGUCCCUUGCCUCAUGACCUGUCCCCUGCCCCACUCGACCAUCCCUGAGGUCCAGCUUUCCAUGGACCCUCCGUUUCGAUCCAGCCAGCUUGCUCUCCCUCCCUCAUGGCCUGUUUGUAGUGCAGGGCCUCCUCCCAGCAGCCAAGGGAGCCUCUAGGAGGGGAUCCCCAAGGGCCAGCUCAGUGGGGUCUGCACACUCUCAGCCUUCCCUUCUCUGGGCCCCAGAGGGGACUCCCUCAGGUGACAGGCCUGGCUGCAAGAUCAACCCAGUCCACAUCCCCUUGUGCCCAGCCCAUGCCUUGAGGUGCUGCCCACAUGCAGGAGUGCCCUGGUGACCUCUGCAGCUCCAAGGGAGUUGGCCUACGAGGGAGCAAGGACCGAGGCAAAGGGAAGGGACAAAGCGGGCCCUCGGCCGUCCCUGCCCCCGGGAGGCCUGAGCGGGUGGCCAGCCUGCCGCCGCCCACCCUGCAAGGAAAGGGCAGGAGCCUCUGAGGUCUUGCGGCUGGCCCCUGGGAUGCCUCUCAAGUCUCAAUAAUGGGACGGUUAUUGGUGGACAAUGACAUUGUGUGCCCCACAGAAGAAGCUGACUGGACAGAAAGGGGAAAGAAGGAGGGCAGGAGGAAGCAGAAAAGCCCGGACUCUGCAGAAUUUGUGUUUCGGAGUGUGCCGUGGAGAUGGCAAGAUUGAGCCACUCGAUUCACGCGGAACUGGGUAAUAGAAGGAAUUCAGGAGGAGAAACGCACAGGCGUCGGUAACAAAGCCUUAAUUGUCGCCGUCCAGUGGCCAGCCUUUGUGGGGAAGCCGUGAGGUGCUGCGCUGGUUCCCAUGGCAGCCGCCUCCUCGCUGGAGCCACGGCCAGGCCCCAGGACCGCCCUGGCCGCCCGAGGGUGCAUGGAGAGCAGGGAUCGUCCUCUGUCCCGCAAUAGCACACCCAUAUCUGCAUGGUCUCCGUGUGUGACAGCCACGCCCGCGCAGCAGGAAACGAUGCCGCAGUCGUCCGCCGUCUUCUCCAGCGCGCUCGGGCCCAGCGGUAGCGGCGGACAGGCGCAGCCCGGCAGGGGGGAGCGGGCGGGCGGGGCCGGCGCCUCCGGGGACCUCGUCUUCCAGGAAGGACGCCUUCUCUCCGGGUCCUUGGAGGCCCUGAUGGAACACCUGGUCCCCACGGUGGACUAUUAUCCUGAUAGGACAUACAUCUUCACCUUCUUCAUGCCCCCCCAUGACCUGCUGGCCCGCGUGGGGCAGAUCUGCCUGGAGCAGAGGCAGAAGCUCGAGGCCGGGCCUGAGAAGGCCAGGCUCAAGUCCUUCUCUGCCAAGAUCGUGCAGCUGCUGAAGGAGUGGACGGAGGCCUUCCCCUAUGACUUCCAGGAUGAGAAGGCCAUGGCCGAGCUGAAGGCCAUCACGCACCGUGUCACCCAGUGCGACGAGGAGAAUGGCACGGUGAAGAAGGCCAUUGCCCAGAUGACCCAGAGCCUGCUGCUGUCCCUGGCUGCCCGGAGCCAGCUCCAGGAGUUGCGGGAGAAGCUCCCGCCACCAGCCAGGGACAAAUGUGGGGUGGCCUUGCUGCUAGCCCACGCGCCACCUCAUCGCCCGCCCCCACAGGAGAAUGGCACGGUGAAGAAGGCCAUUGCCCAGAUGACCCAGAGCCUGCUGCUGUCCCUGGCUGCCCGGAGCCAGCUCCAGGAGUUGCGGGAGAAGCUCCGGCCACCAGCCGUGGACAAAGGGCCUGUCCUCAAGGCCAAGCCACCGGCCGCCCAGAAGGACAUCCUGGGCGUGUGCUGUGACCCCCUGGUGUUGGCCCAGCAGCUGACUCACAUUGAGCUGGAGAGGCCCGUCACCGCCUCUGCUGUGUCCCCACCCCAGGACAGGGUCAGCAGCAUCCGCCCCGAGGACCUGAUGCAGAUCAUCAGUCACAUGGACUCCCUGGACAACCACAGGUGCCGAGGGGACCUGACCAAGACCUACAGCCUGGAGGCCUACGACAACUGGUUCAACUGCCUGAGCAUGCUGGUGGCCACCGAGGUGUGCCGGGUGGUGAAGAAGAAGCACCGGACCCGCAUGCUGGAGUUCUUCAUCGACGUGGCCCGGGAGUGCUUCAACAUUGGGAACUUCAACUCCAUGAUGGCCAUCAUCUCCGGCAUGAACCUCAGCCCCGUGGCACGGCUGAAGAAAACGUGGUCCAAGGUCAAGACAGCCAAGUUCGACGUCCUGGAGCACCACAUGGACCCGUCCAGCAACUUCUGCAACUACCGCACGGCCCUGCAGGGGGCCACACAGAGGUCCCAGACGGCCAACAGCAGCCGCGAGAAGAUCGUCAUCCCUGUGUUCAACCUCUUCGUCAAGGACAUCUACUUCCUGCACAAAAUCCACACCAACCUCCUGCCCAACGGGCACGUGAAUUUCAAGAAAUUCUGGGAGAUCUCCAGACAGAUCCAUGAGUUCAUGACAUGGACACAGGUCGAGUGUCCCUUCGAGAAGGACAAGAAGAUCCAGAGUUACCUGCUCUCGGCGCCCAUUUACAGCGAGGAAGCGCUCUUCGUUGCCUCCUUUGAAAGUGAAGGUCCCGAGAACCACAUGGAGAAGGACAGCUGGAAGACCCUCAGGACCACCCUCCUUAACCGAGCCUGAUGACACGGAUGGGCCCGCAGACGCUGGAUGAAGCACACGCACAACUUGAGUUCUGACCUUGCUUGAUAUGGGUUGAGAUGAGGAGGCCUCACUGGUUGGGGUCCAUUUUGUAUAUAACUUUUAUGACAAAAAUGGUAAUUAAUUCAUGCAUCAACCUUUGGCACUUACAAAGCUUUUUUUGUUUAUUUUAAAUAACAGGGCGGGGCCCUGCUUUGGGGAGGGGUGGGGAAAAGCGUAUCAUGGGAGACGGCAUCCAUGAUAACAUCUUAUUCUAACGAAAUGUAGAUCUUUAUUUUCUACUUUUGAUUAUUAACAUCUUAUGAAAAAAAUAUUUAAAAAAAACCCAACCAAAACCAACGUGAGCCCUGCCUGCUCGGACGCCCUCCCAGCCAGUCUCUGAUGUCGGGGUUAGUGCCUUAGAGGGUACUGGGGUCCGUCUUCCUGCUCCGUGUCCGGGCAGCAGCGAGCUUUGCGCUGGGCCGCGAGGGUCCUCGCGCGAGUCGAUGCUGCGAGGUCCCAGCGCGAGGCCAGGUGCCGGGGUCUCAUCUGCGCACUUCUGGAAGCGAACCCUUGAGUACGGGCUUUCCAAAGUUUACAUUUUCGUUUUGCUUUAUCAGGGACUUACGGUCGGGGAGGGGCGGCGGGACACCGGGCAGCGCGUUUCCCGUGAGAAUAGUCUGCUCAGCUCUUCCACUGCGUCGGCGUCGGCGUCGGCGGGAGGGCCGAGGGAGGGGCCGCGGCCUUGUCAGUUUCCAGGCCCUAACUGGGAGGCACCUGAGCUGUCGCCACGGCGGAAAGCUGUCCUUGCCCACCCACGACAGUCACGGAUGGACGUUCCGGCGUCGCCCUCCUCCUCCCCUGGGAGGCAGGCGCCCGUGACUGGAGUCUGGAACGCGAUCAGCCGGGCUGGAACUGCUGCAGCCCGUUCAGAGAAAACUGCCCAACAUUUUGACUCCAUUUUCCAUGUCCGACAUCCUGGCGUGAACCCUGGGCCUUCCUGACCAGGAGAUGGGGCGGCUCUGUCCCUCUGAAAGCCGAGGCAGUCCAUCCAUGCUCUUUCUUGCGGAAGUCCUCACCCUCGGCCCUCCCUCCAGGCCAGGCUUUGGCAGGAGCCUGGAGUCAGGGAGCCUGGUGAGGACGGGUCAGGUCCCGAUUCUCUGCGCUCCCAGGGAGAGCCGGAGGUGGAGGCCAGGCCUGGGAGGAGGCCGCCCUGGGCCCUGGGCGGAGCGAGAAUACUUGCACUGUAUUGUCACAGUGUGUUUGCACUUUUCAGACGGCCCAGCUAGUACGGACUGUAAACCGCGGGGACAGGUGGCUGUUGACGUCUCCGAGAUCAGAAAGGCUCAGCACUGAGACUGUCUCUGGAAUACCGCGUUCGCGUUGGGUGGUUCCGUCCACGUGUUUCUCACGUCAGUGUGCACUUCACGGGUCAUCAGUUCUUGUACUACUUGAAACAGUGUAUCUAUGUUUGCUACUUUAUUUUCCCAAUUUGAUACAUACCCUAGAUUUGAUGUUUUGGUAUUUUGAGGUGAGCUCUGAGUAUAACGCUGUACCAUACGCAGGAUGUCCGUUCUUGGUGUGACUGGAUGUACUUGCAUCAAUAAAAAACUCAUGUC